CUGGGGCACUUCACCCUGAGGCUGCAAAUGAAACAGAUGUGCUUGCUGUGAGUUUCUGUGGUAUCUGGACUUUGUCGUACCAAAAGUGAUAGGACUUUCCUUCCUAGGAUUUUUGGUUUUCUUUUAGUUUGUACGUAUUUUCCAUAAAGGGAAUGAAAUGGAGAAGUUGAAGAAAUAUGUAUCAGUGAAAGAUGAAGAUCAGUUUUAUCAUCAGGGAGCUGUGGAGUUGCUAGUUUUUAACUUUCUGCUCAUUCUUACAAUAUUAACAAUUUGGUUGUUUAAAAACCAUCGAUUUCGCUUUCUGCAUGAAACCGGAGGAGCUAUGCUUUAUGGCCUUGUAAUGGGAUUAAUUAUACGAUACUCAACAAAAGCAUCAGAUGUUGAAAGUGGAACUGUUUAUGAAUGUGAAAAGCUGAAAUCUGGGCCAUCCACACUACUUAUUAAUAUUACUAAUCAGGUCUAUGAAUAUCAAUACAAAAGAGAGAUCAGCCACCACAAUGUCAAUGGUCACCAUGGCAAUGCAAUGCUUCAAAAGAUGACAUUUGAUCCUUCCAUCUUCUUCAAUAUUUUGCUGCCACCCAUUAUAUUUCAUGCUGGAUACAGUUUGAAGAAGAGACAUUUUUUUCGUAACUUAGGAUCAAUUUUAACCUAUGCCUUUUUGGGAACCGCCAUCUCCUGCAUUGUCAUAGGGUUGAUAAUGUAUGGUUUUGUGAAGGCCACAGUACACAUUGGUCAGUUAAAAGGAUGGGAAUUCCACUUCACUGACUGUUUGUUCUUUGGGUCACUGAUGUCUGCCACAGACCCAGUGACAGUCCUCGCUAUUUUCCACGAGCUGCAUGUGGAUGCAGAUUUGUACGCAUUGCUGUUUGGAGAGAGUGUCCUAAAUGAUGCUGUGGCUAUUGUGCUGACAUACUCUAUAUCUAUUUACAGUCCUAAGGAGAAUCCUAAUACAUUUGAUGCUGCUGCUUUCUUCCAAUCAGUUGGAAAUUUCCUGGGCAUCUUUGCUGGAUCAUUUGCCAUGGGAUCCUCUUAUGCUGUUGUCACAGCUUUAUUGACAAAAUUUACAAAACUGUGUGAGUUCCCUAUGUUGGAGACAGGUCUGUUUUUCCUCCUAUCCUGGAGUGCCUUCUUAUCAGCAGAAGCUGCCGGUCUUACAGGUAUUGUUGCAGUCCUUUUCUGUGGAGUCACACAGGCCCAUUACACCUACAACAACCUGUCACCAGACUCCAAAACGAGAACUAAACAGCUGUUCGAGUUUAUGAAUUUUUUGGCAGAGAAUGUCAUCUUCUGUUACAUGGGACUCGCACUGUUCACCUUUCAAAAUCAUAUCUUCAAUCCACUUUUUAUAUUCGGUGCAUUUGUGGCAGUUUUUGUAGCAAGAGCUUGCAACAUAUAUCCACUUUCUUUCCUUUUGAAUUUGGGUCGGAAACAAAAGAUCCCCAGAAACUUUCAGCACAUGAUGAUGUUUUCAGGUUUACGUGGUGCGAUAGCAUUUGCAUUGGCUAUUCAAGAGACAGAAUCCCAACCUAAACAAAUGAUGUUCACAACGACACUGCUUAUUGUGUUCUUCACAGUCUGGGUGUUUGGUGGGGGCACUACACCAAUGCUCACAUGGCUUCAGAUCAGAGUUUUCAUAGAUCCGGAUGAAGAUCUGAAAGGAGAAGCUGCAAGCCAGAGUGCAUCUAACUUGGAUAAAAAUACCACUAAAGCUGAGAGUGCAUGGCUGUUCAGAAUAUGGUACGGCUUUGACCACAAAUACCUAAAACCCAUCCUAACCCACACUGGACCACCUCUCACGACGACAUUACCCGAAUGGUGUAAUCCUAUUGCCAAGUUUCUGACCAGCCCCAGUGCAUAUGGUGAUCAGCUGAGGAACAACGAUACAGAUUAUAUCAUAAAUAACGAUGAAUUGACUGAAAACUAUGAAUCGUCUGCUCACAUAUCAGUGCCAGCGCCGGACAGAAAAAGCUCCACCCGGGCUACAGGCAUGGAAGAUAUUCAUGAAGGAGACCUAGGAUUAGGAAGGUACAAACUCCAGCUUGAACACACUUCAGGUCAACCCCAGCUGAAUUCAUCGGCAUGAACAGGGCACCAUUAAUCAUAAGAAAUAAGACUAAAACAAAGAAGAGAUACUAUUAUGUGAACAGGAGGCUAGAAAGCAUACCAAGCACAAAAAUUGAAGAAAAAUUAGAUUUUGCCAACUAAACUCCUGGUCUCCUGAGAAAAAGUUAAUCAUCCAGAUACCUACAACAACACACAGGUUUUCUGACUGUGUCAGGGUUUAAUAAAAAUACGUAGGGCACUGCCAGCUUACUGUAAAUUCAUUACAGCAAUGCAUUAUUGCAAAUAACUCUUGCCUGUACCCUCCCCUCACAUAAACAUAGGCCUUUGAAUGCCGCUUAUAGUCUUUAAGCAGAAUGGAGAGAAAUAGUUUCUAACAUAUUCAUGCUCACAUAAUGACAGCAUUUUUUAUACAGCUGCUCCUGAAUAGAUCGACAGAUAACAACUAUUCCAGUAGCUAUUACCUACAUAAGGAAGAAGCAGAAGAUUUUGUCUAAUGAGUACAUGAUCCAAAAAUACUUCAAACACUCAUUGCAGCACCCCAGUCUUGAUACAUCAAGCUGCUUCAUGCUCACAGGAUAGAUUUGUUCUGACAACCAGCCUAACACUUGCUUUCUAAAUACAGCUUAUAGUCUAAGUCCAUAUAGGGUCACACCAGGCUGCCAGAAACUGAACAUUGAUAGUAGGAGACACUGAAGUUUAUGAAGUCAGCAACAGAUCCCCUUUUAUUGCUGCACUGAAUGGGCAUGACAACUAUUUGAACAGUGAUUACACAAGGCAUUUGUCAUUACAGCUUCACAGCACACAACAUACAAGCCGGGAAAACUUUUGAAUGAUCUUGGAAAACAAUAAAAUGUAUACUUUGAUUUGAGAAGCAGAGUGUUUAACUUUUUAUUGUUCAAGGAAAGUGAGUUGUUUCUAAUCAAAUAUUUCUGCAAAACAUCUAUAUCUUAAGACUGGCUGCUCCAAGGAUAAAUUUGUCUCUCUACGCUGGCUGUUCAAUAUCACAGCAGCGACGAGGACAGUGGUGGUUAGAAAUAAAAACAAAAAGGAGAGUUUAGGAUGAAAGUAUUAAUUGUGGCUGCAUAAACACAGUAACUGGAUUAACAACUGGUCAACCGCAUGUACAUGUAGCUGCCACAGACUAUUAUCAAGCCUUAGCAUAGAUUAGCUAAGCAAUGCAAAUACAGGAACAGAGCCAGGCUUUUGUUGUCAGAGCACGUGCCUCUUCUCACUGCAGGAGUUUCAAUUAACUGUACAAGAUCACAUUCCUACUCAGAAAGUUAAACCUUGAGGAGUUUUUAAAUAGGGCCAUUCUAAAUAUACAAAGACAAUGAGCAACCAAGAAAUCUGUAAUCUAUAAGAACAACAAUAAUCCCCAUGAAUGCUCAUAAAGCUGAACAAGUCUUGAUUUUACCACUGGCGGAAGCUGAAAUACAGCCUUCAAUACAACCUUAAAUAUAAUGAAGUUUUAGUCAUUCUUUUCCAGGCUAGUUAAUUUCUGGUUAAACGUGACUCUAGAAUGGCCGGCUUAAGCAUGAAUUUGAACACAGGAGUUCUAUGUGGUGUUACAAAAGAUGAGAACCUUAAAGUGGCAUUUUAUUUGCCCCUAAUCAAGGAACUUCAAAGCAUCUUCAUCCCCAUGUGGUUCAAAACAUAAUAUUCAGUCAUGAUAAGUUCUGAGAAGAACUAAUGAAUUUCCGACUUCCUGCUUUACCUCGUGUAGCUGCAUGAGAUGGAAGAGAUGCGCAGCAGGAUGCGCAAACAGACGGAGAAUGGAGGAGGAUAAAGUUUAAUGGGCCUAGUUUGAGAGAAGACAGGCAGGUAGAGACACACUGCAGUGAGGUGAAUGUGUGGCAACACAGCAAAAGGGUAUUGUCAUAGAUAGGUGCUAACACAGUCCUGAUUUCAGUAGCCAGUUUCCAAUUUCAAUCUUCAGAAGUACUGAGUGCACAGCACCAGGCUUCCUAAGCUCCUUGGGAAGCACAGACCCCUGUCCUUAGAUUAUAGCGCAAAUCAAUAGACUGCUGCAGUAUUAUGAAGAUGUAAAGCUGUUUUUCACAACUGCUACAUGAACUGGAAAUGACAAGCUCUUCACCAACAGUUCUGCUCUUAGAUUCGACUCUGAAAUGCAUCCUGCAGGAUACUCCUGGGGGUUUUUACCAAUUUAUUUAUUGUGCCUAUGUCCAAAUUUCUCACACUUGUGCAAUGUGAUAGAUGGAGAGCUCUGGGGUCUGAAAUACUGUUUAUCAAAAAAAGUCUAUAGUGAAGACUCUUCACACCGUUCUGCCUGGAUGCCUUAAAGGCAAGUGAUUUCUUCACUCAUGAAAGAAAAUCAUGCAACUCUUCUGUUGCAAAGGAUAGUUUCAUCUUCACAGGUCAGAUUGUUAAGCUAAAGCUAUCAAGAGGCUGAAUCAGUGGUCGUAGCAGCACAGUGUCUUCCUCUGGGACCACGCUCAGCAACCAAAAUAUCAUCAGCUUUUAGGAAAAUUAGAAGUCUGAGCUGCAAACAAACCUGAACUUCUCCUAAAAGGCAAUGAACUUCUCAAUUAUCCAUGACACUGUUCAUCCUUGCCAUUUUCUAAUUUUAAGAUAUUCUUUUCAUGACACGGAGAUCAAGAGAGUUAAAAAAAAAACCAAAAAUAUUAGGACAGACGAUAUAUUUGUAUUCAUUCAGGAAAUUACUGGCAACUAGUAAUUCUGCAUGACUGUUUAAACAGAGGAACGAUGUUAAGAGAGGCCUUAAUGUUAAUUUACAGUUCAUAUGCUGGAGAUUUAAACUACUUAAUAUCACAUAGUGUUUAACUGAACGUGCAAGUCACUCAUGAUAAAUGUGAAACUCUUCUUUGUUUCUGAGUUAAUCUACUAAAACACUGCUUGGAAAAUAAAAUGUAAAAUAUAUUGUCAAAAUGUAGUGUCUGCAUACUCGGUAUGAAGGCCAAAACCUUAGGAAAGAUGGAAAUCUGCACUAUUGCUAAACCUUCCAGGCUUCAGAAGUAACAACUGAAACAUUAUACUGAAUUGUAGACCGUGUUUGGCUAAGCCUGGAAGCAGCAGAAUGACACAGGAGAGACAGCCCAAACAGACAUUGGACCAAAAUACAAUAACUUUCACAGAGAAGGGGAAAAUUUGGUUACCUCACUGAAAGCUCGGGCCAUUGCAAGAAAACAUUUCUUUUGCCCUGUUAAGAGCUCAGACUUUUCCCUGAUAGCCACAUUAGGGCUAUCUUCCAAAAACUGAUUAACCCUGUGCAUAACUUAAGCUGCUAAACUAACUGCAUUGAAGCCAGCGCAGUUUCCCUUUCCACCUAGGAACUUACGUGCCUUGCUGAGCAGAGGAUAGUCCAUACAAUAAGUUGGUCUUUCCUUUUGAAUGUUGGUCUGUAUUUUGCUAUCAGUAAGUAAUGCUGAUCCUAUAGCAUCCUGACUGCUGAUUACAUUUGGGUACAACAUAAAUGCAGCAAUAUACGUAACUAUAUCAGAGGCAAUUGAGAUUACACAUGUGCUUUCAAAAUUUUGUUUUCACAGAGAUUGAGGAUUCCUGGGAUACAUAUAUUAUGGACUUCAGAGAAGAAAAAAAAGAAAAAUAUCUUGAAUAUCCAAAUUUAGAAGUGGGAAACUACUUUUUCUAAAGAUGUUAUUUUUCCCCUACUUCCUUCAAGUGAAAUGGAAAAUAGCCCUUUUCAACAUUUAAGGCAAACCAGUUCCCAUCAUUUUAAAUAACACAAGCAAGCUCAUCUCUGGCAAUGUAAACCCAACAGACAUGAGUUCUGCUCAGUGAGCUGUAAAAGACUUGUUGACAUUGUUAUAAAGUCUUUCAGAACUAGAAAAUUCUCCGGCUGAUCCAAAUUUCUUAAGCAAAUGUUAGUUUAACCCACAGACUUGGUCCCAAACCUGUCAAUUUUCAGAUCAUGAAAUUCCUUCCUUACUUUAGCUCAAUGAUGAGGUUUUGUGGUAGA